AUGUCCCCAAGUGUGAGUUACAUGAUAUAACCUCGCGUAACAAAUCUGUAACGUUAGUGUGACACGACUCCUGCCCCACCAUCUACGCCGGAUCAAACACAAUAAGGCUCUGUCUGAAUAAUGUAUCUAUAAACUUCAUAGCCUUAUGCAUUAUCAUCAUCAUGGAGACUACUCCCACCAUCCCCAUUCCCCGCAGAUUUGCGGUCAUCUUCGUCCUUGGACCUCCUGGCGCUGGAAAAGGAACACUCUGUACUCAUCUAGCACAAACACACAACUUGACACACUACUCUGUCGGCGAUAGCCUCCGUGAUUGGAUGCGCCAAAACCAUGCCACAUCACUUGGAACCCGAAUCAAAGACAAGCUCGAUAAUCAGGGAUUUCUUACCUCGGAAGAUUUGAAUCCGUUUAUUUGCCAGGCGAUAAAAGACGCUAUCUACCAAGAUGAACCAAAGUCUCAAGGAAUUCUAGUCGAUGGAUUUCCGCGAUGUAUAGAGCAACUAGAAUCAUUUAACACAUGGCCGUUCCAGGACGAAUUGCCACUUGCCCCAAGCAGUGGUGGUUGGGAUAGAGCAAAUGCAAAGCCGGAUAUCGUACUAUGCUUCAAAGUUACCAAGCAAAAUGCGGAAGCAAGAUAUCUAGCCCGAGGGCGAGAUAGCAAUGACAGCAAGGAAAAGUUCGAGAGACGUUUCGUAGAAUAUGAGGCCGAGACCAUGGAAGUUGAGGAGGUGUAUCGGCAGCGUGGCAUUUUGAUCGAUGUUGAUGCAAAUGGAACGAAGGAGCAGAACGUUAAUGAGUUGACAAAGAAGCUUGAAGAAAGUGGGCUAUGGCAGAAGAUUAUUGUUGAAGGAAGUACAACACAUUUUCUUGUGUGAAAGGCAUAAUAAAUGGAAGCAUUGCCUCACUCCAGUCGAAAGUCUCUCUUCCUAGUGUAUUCGCGGAUAUCAAGCGGAUGUAUGUAGGAUACACGUUCUGAAGUAUGCGUUCCUGGGAGGAAAGUGGAAUGAUGAGAUUUGGUGGUGUACUAUUUUCGAUACGGAGAGCUUUGGGACUUGGGUUUUCCCAGCACUUCAACCGAAACCCAGACGAGAAGCGUGUGAUUAAGUAGCUAAGUAAUCAUCGGUUUGAGACACUGACUAUUAGAGAAGACAGUAAUGAUUCCUUUCGGUACUGAUUAGAACUGAAGUGUUUUUUUCUGCUGUUAUAAAUAGACAGCAUUGAUAAAAGGCGCUUGAGGCUCCCAUUUAUCCUAAUCCUUAGGCCAACCUUCUUCUACAACUACCCAGAUAGAUGAUGAUGUCUUACGGUAACGAUUCGUAUUGGGUAUCCGCAACUCUGGGAUAAGCCAGGCUGCCAGGGUCUCUGUCGAUGUGCGGGGAGGAGGGCUAGUGACAGGUCAACUUGGCAAAGCGCCCUAGAUUUACAUGGGGAUCCCCGCCUCUGACAAGAAAAUCCCGCGCAAAGACCCUGACGGCAUGGAAUCUCGAUCUUGGUAAAGUUGGGGUGGGGUUACGUUACGUUUGAAUUAUGUAGGAUAAGUGU